AUGCCGCUCCGCGUAAAGUCGCGUGCGCAGGUGCAACAGCCCGAGGACCUGCGGACCCCAUCGCCCUUUGCCAAGGUCCGCUUCGGCGUCGAGCUGCCCAAUGUCUCGAGCGACGACACCUUCAGGAUCGUCGUGAAGAAGCUUUCAAUCUUCAUUGCCGAGUCGAUCCGACUCCCCGGCACAUUCGAGCAGCUCCGCACCACGAGCGCUGGCGAGAGCCUGCGCGUUCUCGUCGACCAUCUGGACCGCACCUGCACCCACCCUGCCAUUGUGAAUGCUUUGCUCGCAUUGAGGUGGCAUUAUAGUUCCAGCCCGGUGGAGAAGAGCUUGAACGACGCUCGAGCUAAUGCCUGCGAGAUUGUCGCCUGGCGCUUUCUCGGCCACCUGUCGGAGCGCGAGGCCGUCGACUACUGUCUCUAUGAGAUCCCCGACCCAAAUAGCCCAGAUGCCGUCACCCCUCGCACUCCCGUCGACGUCGAGGAGGGCGAGGUCGAUGAGCGCAGCGCCCUGCUCGCCCAGGCAAGGGCCGGCACCUCCAGCUCCGCCGGCUCGGCGACCAAGCUCCUCCUCACCCAGUCGGGCAACAGCAAGAGGAACCUGCUGCUUCAGUCGCUCUCCCGCCUCACCCAGAGCAUGACGGCCGACGACGACGACAGCGAGGAAGACGAUCAGGGCAAAGAUCCCACCACAGCUUUCACCAAUCUCAACGCUCUCGAGAUCGCCGCCAUCGCCGACGCAAAGCGCUUCUUGAGUCAGAACGUGGUCCAGAAGAUCGUCACGGGCAUCUGGAACGGCGACAUCAUCUUCUGGGACAGCUUGUCCGUCUACUCAGUCAAGAAGCCGCGCUUCUACAACCCCGCCACCGCCGACCCCUUCUCCCGCCUCCGCGUCCCCAAGUACCUCAAGUCGUUCGAGGUCUUGUUCUUCGUCAUCUUCCUGGCCCUCUACUACGCCGUCCUGGUCGAGCGCAAUCCCGACUACAUCACGCCCCUCGAGAGCUUUCUCUACCUCUGGCUCGCCGCCUUUUCCUACGACGAGCUCAGCGAAUGGAUCGACGCCGGCUCCAUCUUUUACGCCACUGAUGUCUGGAAUAUCUUCGAUAUGGCCAUGAUCGUAAUUGGCUCCAUCUUCGUUGUCCUGAGGGUGGUUGGUUUGGCGACCGACAACGAGGGGCUUGUAAACACGGCAUUCGACAUCUUGGCCCUCGAGGCCUUGUUCAUGGUCCCUCGUGUUUUCUCCAUCCUCAGUUUGAGCCCUUAUUGGGGAACUCUCAUCCCCUGCCUGAAGGAAAUGGGAAAAGACUUCAUCAAGUUUAUGGUUCUUGUUGUCAUCAUUUACCUGGGCUUCCUGACGACGUUCUCCCUCAUCGCCCGGGACGCGUACCCGCUGGGAGACAUCACCUGGUUCCUGACCAAAAUCUUCUUCGGCUCGAGCUACGUCGGCUUCGACAUCAUGCGCAACAUUGACCCCGUCUUUGGCCCGCCACUCAUGAUGCUCUUCAUCAUGCUCAGCUCCAUCCUGCUGAUGGGCUCGCUGACGGGUAUGCUGUCCAACAGCUUCUCGCGCGUCAUCACACACGCCCGCGAGGAAUAUCUCUACGUCUACAGCGUUUUCGUUCUAGAGGCGUCGACUAGCAACCGGCUCACCCACUUCUAUCCGCCCUUCAACCUCCUGGCCCUCGUCAUCUUCCGGCCCCUGCGCCUAUUCUUGCCCUCCGACUCGAAGUUCCGCAGCGCCCGCAUCGUGCUCCUCAAAGCCACCCACCUGCCCAUCGUCGCCGCCAUCAAGCUGUACGAGUGGAUCCGCGGCACUGUCCCCACCGGAACCCAGUACAACAACUUCAAGGGCCCGCGGGGCCAUGCGCCGCCCGCCAGCCCCGGCCCGCUCAAGAAGUCAUCCCGGCCGAGCAUGCGCGCGCGCGACUCGGCGUCGUCGCUCCGUAACGAACAGCGGCAGCAGGAGCCGCUGCUGCUGCAGCAGGCCUUCCGCCCGCCCGCCGUCCCGGACCGCAUUUCUGAGCGCGCCGCCUCGCGCCAGGCCGCCGAAGAUGAGGCCGCCGAAGAUGAGGCCGCCGAGAACGAGGCCCUCGACCACCCCGUCACCGACGUCGAGGUCCGCAUCGAGGAACUCGCCUCCAAGAUCGACCGCCUGACGGACCUCGUACUCGCCAUGCAGGCGCAGCAGUCGCGGUCCGUGACAGACGUCUCGCUUGCCUGA